GUCCCUCACCCCCUCCCCCCCCCUGGGCCGCUGGCAGCUGGGGGCGCCGCUGUUGGCGUUGGCCUCCCACCCCCAGGGGGCGCUGAUGGCCGCUGCCGGAUGGGGGCAGGGAGUGGAGCUGCUGGGAGGGGGAGUGGGGGGGAACUGCAGGCAAUUUCUGCCCAGCCCGCGCUGCCGUCCAAUCAGCGCCCUCUGCUGGGAUCCCGACGGAACGCGAUUGGUCGCCGCCCAAGUGGGCGGGGCCUUGCUGGUGUGGGCGUGGCCGGAAGGAGCCCCGAUGUGGGCGGGGUCUGCGGAAGCCCCGCCCCUUCCGGCAGCGCCCCCGCCCCUCGUCCUGGGUUACCCCGGAGGUCACGUGACCGCGGUCGCUUUUGCCCCGCCCACCGCGGAGGGGGAGGGGGCCGAGUGUCAUCACUUCCGGUCCCGGAGGGAAGGUCCUCCAAUGGCCGUCGCACCGCGGCCGCCUCCAGGCGCUGCUGCCGGCACCCAGCGCUGACCCGGAAGUGGAGUCACGUGACCUGGACGGAGGAUCACGUGACCUGGAGGAAGGGUCACCUGACCCGGGCCCGGCCCUCUGCGUCACCUUUGACCCCUGGGGAUCCCGGCUGGCCGUGGGGCAUCAUGGGGGAGUCAGCGCCGUGCAUCGGGCGCCGUGGGGCUCCGCCCCCCAGCUCUGCCGCUCCAACGGACCAAUCACGUGCCUGGCCUGGGUGGGCGGGGCGGUGCUGGCGGGGGCGGGGCCUGACGGCGUCCUAUGGGGAUGGGAGCUGCCCGGCCCCGCCCACCUCAAGCCCCGCCUACUCUGGAACCGGCCAAUGGGGAGAGGCGAGGUGCUGGCGAUGUCGGCCACAGCCAAUGGGAUCGCGGUCAGCACGGAGGACGGGGCGCUGCUGCUGUUCCCCCUGCAGGCCCUGCUGCCCCACAGCUCUAUGGGGCCAGAGGGGGGGGGGGCACCUUCUGUACCCCCACCUCGGCCCCACGGCGGCUCUCAGCUUCUGCCCCACGGAGACUCAGCUGGCGACGGGGGGCCGGGAUCGGGCCGUGGCGGUGUGGGGCGCAUCGGGCGCCGCUAUGGGGCAGCAGCUGCGGCGAUGGGAGAACGCCCACAAGGAGUGGGUCUGCGCUGUGGGGUGGGCAGGAGGCCUGCUGCUCUCCGGCUCAGCUGAUGGGACGCUGCUGCUGUGGGACGUCGCUGUGGGGCAGCGGCUGCGGGAACUUGUGGGGCUGCAGGGCCCCCCCUGUGCUGUGGGGGGACACGGCCGCUGGCUGCUGGCUGUGGGUCGCUAUGGGUCUCUAUGUGUUUCUAUGGGUCGCUAUGGGUCGCUAUGGGUCUCUAUGUGUUUCUAUGGGUCGCUAUGGGGCACCGCAGGGCCGCUGGCUGCUGGCCGUGGGGCGCUGUGGGUCGCUGUGGGUCUGGAGUCGCUGCGGCCGCCCCCAAAGCCGCCAUCGCUGCCAUCCUGGCUGCCCCACAUCGGCCUCCAUCGCCCCCCGAGGGGCGCCGAGAGCCGCGGUGGCGGUGAGUGGGAGCGACGGGAGCACCGGGGUUUGGCACCCGACCGAGGCCGCUGCCCCCCAAGUUGUGGGGUGGCACUCGGAGCAAUGUGUGGGGCUGGGGGUCAGCGGGGGGGCAGGCGGUCAGCGUCAGCCGGGGGGGGGACGUCCGGCUAUGGGAGAGUGG